UAUGACUACGAGGUCGUAAAUCCGCCAUGUUUUCGCUCCUUAUAGCGGCGUUGCGACAGAGACGGAGACAUGAAUGUAGAAAAUAAUCAUACGGCAGAAACAGAGAGUGAGCAAACGACGAACGGCAACGAGACGAUCACCAUUCAGACAACACUGGGAGAUGAAGAUGAAGAUGUGCAUAAGUGCGGGCGCUGUCAGACCGAGUUUUCAACGCUGGAGGCUUUCAUCCAGCACAAGCUUCAACAAAACUGCAAACGUGUGGAGGCAAACCAAGAGGUUACUGCAGCCAAUGGAAGUUCUUCAGAGGUGAAAACAGCUGAAGGUGCAUCCUCAGAUGAACCAGUGAAGAUCACUAAUGAUGAAAGCAGUAGUACGUUCGGUCGAGGUCGCCGGAAGAAAAUUGUUUCACUCAAAGUCAAUGACCACUCAGAUGGGACCGAAGGAUCCUUAUCUGACAAUGCUGAGAGUGACAAGCCUGUUGUUUACAAAGUCAACCAAGAGGGACGCUACAUUUGCCAACUUUGCGACAAGACAUUUAAAACAACGAACAUCUUGAGAACUCACAUGAAAACUCACAGUGACCAGAAGAACUUCUCAUGUGACCUCUGUGGGACCUCCUUUCGCACAAAAGGCUCCCUGAUUCGUCACAAUCGUCGUCACACUGAUGAACGGCCGUAUCGCUGUACCCUAUGUGGCCAGUCCUUCAGAGAGUCGGGUGCCCUCACCAGACACCUUAAGGCUCUCACACCCUGCACAGAAAAGAUCCGCUUUGUUCAGUACAAGGAGAUCUUGGUCAGCAAAGAUGGAGUGCAAAAAGGAGUUGAAGAUGCAUUGGCCGGCCAGCAGCAGGAGGUAGUGGUUGUGGAGCAACUGCCGGAGGAGGACGAGGAGGAGGAGGAGGAGGAGGAGGAGGAGAUGAUGGUUGAGGCUCAGACUGCUGUGGUCAGUGUGGUAGAGGCUGGUUCCCAAGAGGUCCUCCAUCAGGUCCACUUCACAAUGGAAGUGAAUGGAACAACACAGGAGCAACAGGUAGUAGUGGAGCAGUCUCAGGCUGAAGCCCUGGCCGCAGCUGCAGCAGCAGGCGACAACCUCAUCUGCCAGGCCAUCAUCAACUCUGGCAUUGCACUGGAGACAGAGGAAGCCGUGGUGGAGGAGACCUCACAGACAAUCGAGGACAUCGAUAAAGUGGUUUCUGACUGUCCGGAUGUUGAUGAGAACGUCACUGAGAUCCAGAUUAAAGAAGAGUUUGUGGAGAUGGAAACGGAGGAAGCAGGUGAUGGAGAUGGUCAAAUAUCUUUAAGAACGCACAAGUGUCCACACUGUAGUCGCUCCUUCAAGGGACUAAAUUACUUCCGCUUUCAUGUCAAGGGCCAUUUGGGUUACAAACCUUUUAAGUGCACACUUUGCCAUAAGGAGUUUCUGACUGGUUACCUGCUCAAGAAACACAUGGAAGUUCAUGUCAGUGAGAGGAGGUACAAGUGUGGGGAAUGUGGCAAGUUGUACAAAACCAUCGGGCAUGUACGUGAGCACAUGAGGGCCCACUCUGAUGAAAGACCCUACCGCUGUGCCAGAUGCAACAAGGGGUACAAGACCAAGAAUGCCUUGCAGGUGCAUCAGCGGACCCACGGUGAUGAGAAACCAUAUGUGUGUCAGUUCUGCUUGAGAGGCUUCAGGGAGAAAGGUUCACUGGUGCGACACAUCCGGCAUCACACCGGAGAGAAGCCUUUCAAGUGCCCAAAGUGCGGGCGAGGCUUUGCUGAGCACGGGACUCUCAAUCGGCAUAUGCGAGCGAAAGGAGGCUGCCAGAAGGACGAUUCCAGUGAGCAGCAGGAUGCAGAAACGGAGGAGGAGGCGUCGGUGAACAGCCUCGCUACAGCAGCCAUCAUCUCAGAGGAUCCUCACGCUGUCCUGGUGGAGUUCUCCUCGGUGGUGGCAGACACACAGGAGUACAUCAUCAAGACUCAAACAGAUGAGGAGGUGCAGGAAGAAGAGGUGACACUCAUUCAAGACAGUCAAAAUGAGAUGGGAAACCACAUCAUGAAAGUGGUGCAGCGACUUGUCAGCCAGUCGCAGGCCGCCGGCGGCACAGGCAGCCACCAGAUCAUCGUGCGUAAUGUGGCGAUGAACGAGGAGGGCACUUCCAUCUCUGACUGUGGGGACACCAUCACCAUCGCUACACCCGAGAGCCUGACGGAGCAGGUGGCCAUGACGCUGGCCUCCGCCAUCAGUGACGGAACGCUACUGGCCACGGCGGGCACCGUGGAGACGGCAGACGGAACAGUUACUAUGGUUACAACAGAGGAAGCAGUGGAGCAGGGAAUACAUAUGGUGCAGCAGCAAGAGGAAUAUGUCAUCACCUCCCCAGAGGAGGUGGAGAUUCAGACUGUCAUUGUAUGAUCGACGAGGAUACUGACUAUGGACUGAUACAGUUGGACUGUACCUGUGUAGCCGAUUACUGUAGAGUUUAUAUGAGCGAGAUGUGUGAGAUUUGAUUACAAAACAAAGGCCAAAGUGUUUAUAAGGUUUAUAGUUUUCAGAAAUGUGAGAAACAUUAAGAAAGAGUGUGCAUGAGGAAUAUCAAGGUUUUUUUUUUACUUAAAGGAAGCACUGCAUUCAGUAUGGCUGCUCAUUUUUGAACUUUUAGGUGCAUACGUCUUAAAAGAAUAACUAAGCGGAUUCAUUUAGUAUGAUUUUCAUUUUGUAUGCCUGAACAGAUGCAUAUUUCUUUUCAGGUGGUACAAACUGAACAUGCCAUUGCCUUUUUUUUUAUCUGUUGUUGUAGCCUGGUCUCCUUUCUUUGCUGCAGUCAAAAAAAUGGAACUCUUUUUUUUUUUUACUUUUCCUACCUAAAGCGGCAUCAUUCCAUCGCAGUUGUUCUGCUCUCGGAUGUCUCUGGACGGCUUCAGCCAAGUUUUUGAAACGCUAUUCAUCUUCAAAUUGAAAUGUGAUGCCCUUUGAAGACCCACCGAUCCCAAAACUGUGGCGUGUGCCUGCCAGUUUAAGGCCAUUCAAGGAGAUCAUAAACUGCCAUGGUACAGUGUUAAAUCAUAAUGCAUCUUUAAUCAUGACAGAUACACCAGACACUAAAAUGUGAUCAGUUUACUCGAGCAGAGUUUGCAUCAAAUAAAUGCUAUUUUCGUAUAUA